AUGGCGACCCUGGCGGAGAAGUUUGAGAAAAUAAAAUCGCCAAAGCUGAAGAACCAGCAUCAUACUGCAGUAGUUUUGAAUGCUGUCGAAGACACCCUGCGCGACCAAAAUGCCGACUUCUCAGCGACCGCAUACUUUGCAGCGUUACUGGCCCUGCUCAGCCAGGCCCUCAACAACACGCAUGGCAUUGUCAACAAGGACCUAGCUACAUCGGUAGUAUAUUUAAUCGAUAUAACAGCAGAAUUCGUUCCCCCCCCUCUCCUACGGUCGAAAUUCUCCCAGAUCCUGUCCAAUCUUGUCCCCGCCCUCACGCUUGCCGAUGUCGAAGCCCCGCUGCUGCGUCCAUCGAUUGGCGUUCUCGAGACGCUCUUGAUUGCGCAAGACGCCAAUUCCUGGACACUCCCGCAUACACAAAUCGGCCCUCGCCGAGCGACUGCUGGUCUGCUGAGCUUGGCUGUUGAUCACCGCCCAAAGGUGCGCAAGAGGGCACAGGAUGCCUUGGUCAAGGUGCUCAAGAACCCCCCGCCAAGCCCGUCCCUCGACCACCCAGCAGCGGAUAUGUGCGCAGAAACCGCUUUGCAGACGUUACAUGAUAGUGUCACUGCUGCAGGAAAACUCAAGAAGUCGAAACACCAGCAGCACCGACAGGAUAGCCACCAAGAACCGGCGAUUAUUCAUUCCUUGCACCUUGUCAAGACAGUUGCGACUGCGUCUGGAGGAUGGCCAAGCAAAAAGAUUGAGCCGCUGUGUGAGCUGCUCAUGAAUGUGUCGCGGUCUAGCAAUGAAUACAUCACAAUGGGGGCCUUUGAGGUGUUUGAAGUAAUUUUCGCAGGAAUGGCGGAUGAGCUGUCUUCGUCCAAGCUGCCCCGUCUUUUGGAGUCUAUACAGGAACUGCGACCAGCACAGAACGACGCGCAAUUGCUACCGCCAUGGAUUGCAGUGCUUUCGCGAGGCUACGACGUGUCAUCUCAGAUUGAUCCACAAGAUACCUUCGAUAAGUUGCCAGCUCUGUUCGAGAUGGUUGCAUCUUUUCUCGCUGCUCCAUCACACAAUAUCCGCGUCUCUGCGUCUGAAUGUCUUAUAUCCUUUCUCGCCAACUGUAUCCCGAACAGCGUAAUCUUAGAGCCGUCUAUUUAUGACGAGAAGACUUUGGGGAAACUCGCCAAGGUUGCGUCGGAUCUCUUGUCUGUUAAGUACCAGGCCGCCUGGGCGGAAGUCUUCAAUGUCUGCUCUGCCAUGUUUGAAGCUUUCAAAUGGCGAUCCUCAUCAUAUUUAGACUCAAUCGUUCAAACAGUUGGUGAAUUACGCAGCAACGAGUCUUUCCAUGGAAAGAAAGAGGCCGACGAAGUACUCGGCCGAGCUGUCUAUGCAAUGGGCCCCCGCGAGAUCCUCCGUAUCCUACCUCUGAACAUCACAGAGCAGAAGGCCGGCCAGCCUGGUCGUGUCUGGCUGUUGCCUAUUUUCCGCGAUAACGUAUCAAACACAGAUCUCGCGCAUUUCCGCACCGAAAUGGUUCCUCUCAGCGAGGCCUUGUACCAGCGUGUCCUUGAGUUUGGGCAAGCUGAGAAGACAGUCGAAGUCAAGAUUUUCGAAACUAUCAUUCAGCAGAUAUGGUCCAUGCUUCCAGGAUACUGCGAGCUGCCACUCGACUUGGAAACAGCAUUUGAUCAAUCAUUCGCAGAGCUUUUGUCCAACGUCCUCUACAAACAGACUGAACUACGUGUUGACGUCUGUCGGGCUCUACAGAAUAUAGUAGAGUCAAACCAGGCUAUUGUCGAAGUUGAAACUGGUGCGGAGGGUGAAAACCUCGUCCUUCAACGACGUAUUUCAAAGGAUGCUGCGGCGAAAAAUCUACAGCAUAUGGCCGGUUUCGCAAGUAACUUGUUGGCAGUGCUGUUUAAUGUUUAUAGCCAGACGUUGCCUCAUUACAGGGGUUAUAUCUUGCAAUGCAUCAAUGCUUUCUUGAGCAUAACGCCAGAGAAGGAACUCGAAGAAACAUUCGCCCGCGUCAGGACCAUGCUCGAGUCCGAGCUACCCUCUGAAGAAGAAGCUGCCAAACAGGGAAACCUGCCAAAGGGAACUGACAACAAGAUGCCACCAACAUCUCACACGCUGAUCGACCUGGUCAUUGCCAUGUCCAUCUACCUACCUCGGACGAGCUUCUCAAACCUCUUUCAACUUGCAUCUCUUGUCCUUAAUCAACACGCCUCCGAUCCCCAGCUGAUCAAAAAGGCAUACAAGCUCAUCCCUCGGCUCGCAACAACUGAAACCGGGCAGAACUCACUUUCCGAGCGAAGUUCCGAGUUACAGGCACUGAUGCUCUCGACCGCCGAAAAAACCCCCUCCCCAGCUCGCCGAGACCGCCUCGUAGCCAUCCACGAGCUCGUCACAUACCUCCCUACCCGUGACCUGCACUUCAUCCCAUCCAUUCUCCCCGAAGUCCUUCUUGGCUGCAAAGAAUCCAACGAUAAGGCCCGAACCGCCGCUUUCGACCUCCUCAUCCACCUGGCCCAGCGCAUCACAGACACUAACCGCAACCCACCUGGCACCGUAAUCCGCAACUCCUUGGUCCCCCAUCUCCCCGACACCUCCGCCGACGCACCAGCCACCCUUGAGGAAUUCUUCACCAUGGUCUCCGCCGGCUUGGCAGGUGGUUCGCCACACAUGGUAGCAGCAUGUGUAACCGCGCUCUCGCGUCUCUUUUUCGAGUACCGCGCCGCCCUCUCCACGCAAACACUCUCCGACCUCGUGCAAACCGUCGAGCUGUUCCUGACUAGCAACAAUCGCGAAAUCGUUCGUUCGGUGCUCGGGUUUGCCAAAGUAGCUGUUGUCUGUCUGCCCGAAGACAUGCUCCGUCCUCGCCUCAACACUAUGGUGCCGAACCUAAUGGUCUGGAGUAAAGAGCACAAGGGCCGAUUGCGCACAAAGGUCAAGGGGAUCCUGGACCGUCUUGUUCGUCGAUUCGGUGCGCCGCUUAUUGAAAGCCUCGUCGGCGAAGCAGACCGCAAACUCGUCGUUAAUAUUCGCAAGGAGCGCGAGCGCCAGAAGCGGAAGAAGAAAGACGGUGCUAGCGGGGGUGAUGUGGGAGAUGACGCAGAUGAGCAUGAUAAUGCUAAUAGCAGGUUCUCAAACGAGUUCGAUAAGGCUGUUUAUAUGUCUUCGGACGAGGAUGACUCUGAGCUGGACGACGCUAGUGAGAUUGACGUUGACGAUGCGGGUCGCACAUCCGUCAAGAAACAGGGCAAGAAAGGCAGUAAUAAGAAGCUCGGCAAGCAAGGCGAACAAUACAUCCGCGAACUAUCCCCCGAAUCGAAUCCUCUCGAUCUUCUCGCCCCCGAUGCUCUCGCGUCUAUUUCUACCACGAAACCAUCAGUCCGAUUCCUCGAUGCCGGCGUUGGCAAGAGGAACAAGAAACGCGGUGCCAAGGUUAACGUUGACGGGAAGUUGAUUAUUGGUGGUGCCGAUGAGGACGAUACCAGCAUGACCGGCGCCAGAGGCGAAGGCGAAGACGAAGGCGCAGGCGGGAUCAACGCCUAUCUCGCAGCCGUCAGCGGGCCCGAAGCCGUACGGCGCGGCCAAAAGGGGCGAUUGAAGUUCAACAAAAGGGACACUGGCGGUGACGGCAUGGAUAUUGACGAUGACGACGAUGGCGAGAAGAACGGGGCGGGUGCGGAUGACUCCAAAAAGAAGGGAGGCGUGCGCAGAGGACUCGGUAUGCCCAAAUCUCGCGGCCCUGCUGGUGCUGGGAAUGGGAAGGGGAGGAUUGAGAAGAGGAGGGGUGGCAGAGGUGGCAGAGGUGGGAGUGGAAGUGGCUUUGUAGCCAGGCGAGGUCGUGGACGCCGUUGA